AUGAAGAAGCCAGUCCGAGAGCGAUACAACGCCAAAGCGCGGCGUUCAUCCGUCGGUGGCUCAUCCCAUAAGAACAAGCGCUCCCUACGUCAACGCGAGGCUGAUGCCUACGACUCCAACACACAGCUCAUCGUCCCUGGUAGCCAAGAGGAUCUCCAGCGAAAGCAAGCAGAGCAGCAGAGAAGAGAGCUGCUCGAAUCCUCCGGUCAGGAUGCAUCAGCUCCUAUGUCCUCCAAGAAGCGCAAGCGUCUUGAUGCCUACAUCGCUUCCCGUCUCAAGAAGGAGGAACGCGUCAAGAUCAUGCAGAAGCUCGCUCAGACUUCAGCCGAGGUCGAUCGAACUACGCUCAAGUCUGCGGCCACAUUAGGUACUGGCAGAGCAAAGACAAUGGAGGAGAGGAUAGAUACUGCAGGUCAAAAGGCCGACAGGAGUGCAAAGCGACGCAGGAAAACCAUGAAUGGUGCUGCUAUGCAGAUCGAGGAAGAUGACGAUGAUGCUGAUCUUGAUGAUAUCCAUCAUGACAAAGCAUACAGUGAGGCCGACGAUGAUCAAUAUGAGGGCAAUUUUACACCACCAGAAGAUGUAGAGGACGAUGGCGAGGACCAUGGCCCAGUCGGUGAGGUCGAGGAAGACCCAGCUCGAAGAGCAAGGAUCAUUGCUGCAGCAAGUCUAUUCGACAAGUCAAAGCAGCCGGCAGCCACCACUACAGCUUCAUCAACAUCGGCUCCCGUUCUCGGCUCUGCUCUCGCACCAACACUUGCAAAGGAUGCCAAUGGCAAUCCCAUCAUGCCCGCUAUGCGCAAACGAACCAAGAAGCCUAAGACUACGCGACGUAUCAACGCCGCCACUCGAUUGCAGCAAGCCGGUGAGAGCGACUCUAGCUUCGACAGCUCCCAAUCCGAGUCCGACUCUGUCGCUGCCUCUGCAUCCCGCUCCCGAUUGAUAGAGAAGGAUGUCAUUGGACCAGCACCUCGCGCAUCCCUCUCGAGGAAAAACCAGGAGAAGCGAAUGGCUCAAGAGCAGGGGCAGCAGCAACAAGUCGACGUCAAAGGCAACGCAAAGGCUGCCGUGUCUGGACCGCGCUGGCACCAGCAAGACUCUGACGAUGAGAAGGAUGCAGCUCCGCUCGACCGAGAUAUCGUAGAUGACGAGGCUGUGGACCAAGACGACUCGGACGUCGGCUCAGAAGAGCCUGAUACAGACCAAGACGAAGAGGCGGUCUUCCUGGAAGCUAUGCGACGUAGGCGAUUGUUGCCAUCGAGAGCAUCUUCAAUUAAUGAGGCACACGCUUCUUCCUCCGCCAACUCAAGCGAGUGCAAGUCCAAGGAUGAUGCCACGCAGGUAGAGCAGGAGGAUUCUAAAGACGAUGAAGAUGAAGAAGACGAAAGCGACGACGAUACGUCUGACAGUGACCAAGUCGUAGAUAACGAGGAAGAUCUUGAUGACGAUGAGCAAGACGACGAUGACGAUGAAGAGGCUACCGAAGAGUACCGCUCUCGUCGACGCGGCAUCAGUACCACAAAGCGCAGCUCUGGCUUCAAAGACUGGGCUCGUGCUGCUCUUGGCAUCCGAGGUUCCGCCGGACCCGCUGCUGCCAAGAAUGAAUCGGCAGACGGUGGCCAAGAAGACGACACUGCCUACAACCUCGAGCCUGUCGCAGGCUUCAAGAUCAAGGUUGGCGACAUUAUGCCCAAGGAUGGUGUUGCACGUGGUCCCCUCGGUCGUGAUGAGGAGAAUGUACGGCAGCGCUCGGCAUUUGCUGCCAAGCACUAUGCUGAGCUCGAGGCUGCUGUCGCAUCUGAAAAAGCUCAAGGGAAGCCAGAGUCUAACGACGUCGCCUCCAGCUCCAAGCCAGGUGCCAGCACAGCAAGCACCACAGCACCCAACGUCUUGACCCAUGUCGAAGUUCAACGCUCCGAAGGGCUCACCGUAGCCCGCCUCCGUCUCCCCGUCGUAGCCGAAGAAGACACCAUUGUGCGCACCAUUAUGGAGAACGCCGUCACCGUCAUCUGCGGUGAGACCGGUUCAGGUAAAACCACCCAAGUACCUCAGUUCCUCUACGAAGCUGCCUUCGGCUCAAAGAACAGUCUCAACCCGGGCAUGAUCGGUGUCACCCAACCACGUCGUGUUGCUGCCGUCAGCAUGGCUCAGCGUGUCGCAUCCGAGCUUAGCCUACUCGCAGACCGAGUUUCGCAUCAGAUCCGGUACGAUGCCACCGUCAGCGCGGAUACAGCGAUCAAGUUCAUGACCGAUGGUGUCCUGUUGCGAGAGCUAGCGACCGACUUUUUGCUGUCCAAGUACAGCGCUAUUAUGGUCGAUGAGGCGCACGAACGCAGUAUCAACACAGAUGUGUUGAUUGGUGUGCUUAGCCGUGUUGUGCGGUUGCGCGAGAAGAGGUGGUUGCAAGGUGUGGCUGAUGCGCGACCGCUAAGGCUUAUUAUUAUGAGUGCGACGCUUCGGGUGUCUGACUUCACGGAGAAUACGACACUAUUCCCCAUCCCCCCUCCAGUGAUCAACAUCGGAGCACGUCAACAUCCCGUUACGGUUCACUUUAACCGCAAGACUGUCCAGGACUACAUCACCGAGUCCAUCAAGAAAGCAACCAAGAUCCACGCGCGCUUGCCACCAGGAGGCAUUCUCAUCUUCCUCACCGGUCAACAGGAGAUUACGACCGUCUGCAAGAAGCUCGAAAAGCGAUUCGGAAGAAAGGCGAUCGCACAGAAGAACAAGGAUCGAGAGCGCGUGCAGGGCAAACACAAGAAUCGUCGCACCGACAAUGACGAUGAUGACGGAGGCGAGAGCAAGGCUGAAAAAGUCAGCAUCACCGCUCGAGAUGGCGAUGUCGAGGCGGAAGAGGUUGAUCUUGGUCUCGACCGUGACUUGGCUGCUGAUGUCGAUGAUGGUGCGAUGGCAGAUGGAGACGAUCCAGAUGCACUCGACACCGACGACGAAGCGGGCGGCAGCGACAGCGAAGCCGAAGCCCGACACGACGAUGACCUCCCCGACGAGCUCAAGGACGACACUGACGUUCCUAUGCACAUCUUACCACUCUACUCUCUUCUCCCCUCCGAAAAGCAAAUGCGCAUCUUCGAAGCGCCUCCCGUCGACACUCGUCUCGUCGUAGUAGCAACUAAUGUCGCCGAAACCUCUCUCACCAUCCCGAACAUCCGCUACGUCAUCGACUGCGGUCGAUCCAAAGAACGCCAGUACGACCUCAUCAGCGGUGUUCAAUCCUACCAAGUCUCUUGGAUUAGUAAAGCUUCCGCAUCCCAACGAGCGGGUCGUGCUGGUCGUACCGGGCCUGGUCACUGUUACCGUCUCUAUUCCUCAGCGGUUUACGAAGAUCAUUUGACACAGUUCAGCAGUCCAGAGAUCUUGCGCACACCCGUGGAUGGCCUGGUAUUGUCGAUGAAGGCGAUGAACAUUGAUAAUGUGGCGAACUUCCCCUUUCCCACACCACCGGACAGGAUUGCGCUCAAGAAAGCAGAACAGAUUCUUACUCACCUCGGUGCGCUUGAGGCUCCCGCUGUCGCUUCAGUCAGUAUCGGGAAGAACAAACGCAAGCUCAAUCACGCUCAAGUUACGGAGCUGGGUCGAACAAUGACACUGUUCCCCGUCUCGCCGAGAUAUGGAAAGAUGCUGGCGCAAGGGCAGCAGCAUGGUUGUUUGCCGUACAUUGUGGCUAUGGUCGCUGCGUUGAGUAUUGGCGAUCCUUUCAUUCGCGAGCAGUUGAUCGAGGAGGAGUAUGGGGAGCGCAGAGCGAAGAAUGCAGAUGCUGAAGGUGGUGAGGGUGGCGACCGAGACGACUACGAUCGAGCAUUUGGUAAGAUGGACGGUGACGAAGAACUUGGUUCCGAACUACAGCAUCUCACUAACAGCGAAAAAUUGGACCAGGAACGACGCAAAGCAAGACGUGCAAAGUACUUUGCCACCAUGAGAAAGUUCGAGGCGCUUGGAGCUGGACUUUCCGACACGUUCCGCCUGCUGAGCGUGGUGGGAGCGUACGAGUAUGCUGGAGGAAGCCUUUCGUUUUGUGACAAGAACUUUCUCAGACCGAAAGCCAUGGAAGAAAUCCACAAGCUUCGUGCUCAACUCUGCAGUCUCAUCUGCUCCACUUUCCCGGACCUUUCCUCCUCGCUUUCUAAUCCCAAGCUGGCACCACCGAACGAAGCGCAACUCAAAGUGAUCCGCCAGCUUAUCGCAUCAGCCUACAUCGACCAGGUCGCAGUCCGAGCUGAUCUCAUCUCAAACGAAAGUGUCGUUUCAUCGUCCGUAGUCAACUCUGACGAACGCACCAACCAGAUGCUUUACCGUCUUCGCACCAAAGGCGGUGGAGACAGAAUGCAGUCCACCCGCGGAGUGCCCUACAAAGGCAUGGGUGUACCCGGAUUCGCCUUCAUCCACCCGACUUCUUCUUUCUACCACACAACUCCUCCUUCCUGGGUCGUGUUCUCCGAGGUGCAGAAGAGUAACUCGAAAUUCGCCAAGACGAUCGAGGAAGAAGAAGCAGGCGCAGGAGAAACAGUCUGGUUGAAGACUCUGACGAAGAUCAACCCGGUUUGGCUAGCUAGGUUGGGUAAAGCGCUGUGCACGUUCAGCAAGCCGACUCCUGUUGCUGGUAGUGGGGAGUUGGACAAGUUGAAGGAGAAUCUGCAGGCGGUGAAGGCGGGUCAACAGAAAGCUGGCGAGUCGACAAGAGAUGUGCUUGUGACACCGAGGUAUGCUGUGGGAAGUGAGAAUGAUGGUAUGGCUGGCGGAUUGGGGUGGCAAUUGCCUGCGAUUAAGGCCAAACAAAAGUUCGUUGACGGAAGAUGGGUGUUGCUUCUCCCUUAG